CAGGCGUCUGGUAAAUCGAAACUAUUUAAAUAGUGUUGGGCUGCCAUUUAAAAAAAGAUUGAGCAGGUAUUUAUAUGGCUGGCACUUCUGGACCGGAAAUGCCGGAGGACAAGGCAGAUGAAGACGAGGCUGUGACCCAGUUUCUGAUGAGUAUUGGCCUUGACUGCCUCACAGAACUGUUCUCCAAACAAAAGAUUACCAUGGAUAUUUUAAAGGAGAUGACUUCAGAGAAUUUGAAGGAGGCUGGAGUACAGGAGUAUGGUUACAGACACAAGAUUAUUAAAGAACUUAACAAAAGAAAAGGGACUUCGGCGUCUGUUCAAAGGUCAAUAUAUCAACGAAAAAGAAAGGCAAUCUUUGAACAGCAUAAUAUGAUACCCAGCAAGAAACACUGCAAACUUGGGAACACUUUUUAUCAAAAAACUGCGCCGUACCCGAAGAGAAAAUCCGUGAAACCAGGAACACAAAUACCACAAAUCCAUCAGACGGCAGCUUCGACACAGACAUCCUUUCCUUCAUCUCAAAAUAAUUUGUCAAGUACGAGGAAUUCAAAUAAUCAUGGGUUGAUGCAAACCAUGGCUACUCAAAACAUCCCACAAACAGUUUCUUCCAACAGUUUGAGUAAUACUAAUUCAAUAUUUCCUGCCACUAGUAAUAGUCAAAUUGCUACAAGAAGUACCAACCAAUCGAUGCUGGUAAAUAUCCAACCAAUAUCAGCAGGUAAUAGCCAAGGCACGAGUCAGUCAAUUACAUUACCCAACCAGUCCUCUGUCAGUCCAUCAGCCACAACUUGUAUCACUACCUCAUCCUCCUCCUCAACAUCGACUUGUUCAAGUUGUACAACAAUGUCUUCAUCUCCAUGUGCUUCACACUUAACCCUUACAUAUGACAAUGAUGACGCCAUUACAGAGGACGAAAAUAGGUUCUUGAGGUUUUUAUUGUUGGCACAACUGGGUACUGAAGCUAUGAGGAUGGCAUUUGACAAUACUGUUCCACCACCCCACCUGGCUUCUCAUCUACAGACUCAUAUACGCAAACUAAAGGAGAGAUGUACUUCACAGCAGAUGAAGGUCCUUUUCCCAACCUAUCUGGUAUCGACGACAAACUUCGAUACAACUUUGCUCUACACUCUUUUCCGUAAUACAGUGAGUGUUAAGGCGCCCUCUAACGGUUGGGGAAAAGAUCCUCGCCCUCACAGCACCUCUCUUACUGAUGAUAUAGAGCGAGUAAGGAUACACAGAAACUCCAUCUGUCAUGGGAAGACUUCAAUGGAUCAACUGACUUUCCAAAGGAAAUGGUUUGAUUUAUCAGAGGCAAUUUCUCGUUUGAGUAAUGGAAAAUUGAAAAAAGAAACUUCUUCUUUGGAGACGAGAAAUUUUGAUAAGAAAGCUAGGAAGAGUAUCAUGGAUGACUUUGAUCUCCUACAAAAUAGAGUCUCAGAGUUAGAGCAGACUCAUAUACCAGCGCACAUAAAAGAACGUCAAACUGAGGAGAUAAAAGUGUGGGAGGAAGAUGAUGAAGUGUUCUGUGAGACUCGUGCCUUUAAUGAGUUUGAAGAGAUGAUGAAUAUUCAUAAUAUAGUCACCAUUAUAGGAGGACCAGGUACAGGAAAAACAGCAAAGGCACGCCAUCUAGCGAUCAAAUACAAAAGCGAGGGAUGGGAGAUCAUCCCGGUCAUUUGUUUAGAGGAUAUCAAAAACUUUGGACAUUUCAGUGUUAAACAGCUUUUUUUGUAUGAUGAUCCAGCUGGUGUGUUUGGGUUUGAUAGGUCAAGAUACAAUUCCUUAGUAGAUUUUACAAAAAUCAUUAAGUCCUUAUCAGAAAAAUAAGCAAAAUUCAUUUUCACUUGCAGAAAAGCAGUGUUUAAUGAAGGUAGAAAAUUAGACCUGUAUAUUUUUCAAAAUACGAUUGAUAUCGAGAGCAAAGGAAUGUCCCUUACAACAAAUGAUAUGAAGAAAAUGCUCACAAUUCAUUGUGAGAAAAGCAGAGUUGAAAAGUCUGUUUAUCAAUGCUUGUCAUUUAAAUCAGGAUUUUUGAUGUUUCCUUUGCUUUGCAAACUGUUUUCGAAAGAAGUCCAAUAUCAAAAAGAUGGAGGACGAUUUUUUGAAAUGCCUAAGCAGUGUUUGGUUGCAGAGUUUGAGAAAAUGAAGCUUCUAAAUAAGACUCACUACGCUUCGUUAGCUCUU